AUGUCGGGCGACGUUGAAAUGCGCGACGGCGCGCAAGCGGCGGACGAUUGGGUCCUAAUAACGACGCAAGAAGGCUUCUCUUUCAUGGUAAAGCGCAAGGUAGCCCUCAUAAGCGGGACCUUGAGAAACAUGUUAAGCACCGAGAGUAAUUUUCGUGAAGCAAUACUCAGCGUAUGCGAUAUCCCGGACACGAGAGCUGCCGUGGUUGAGAAGCUAUGCGAAUACAUGGCGUACAAGGCUCUGUACGAGAACACGCCGCCAAAGGAGGAAGUUCCUGACUUCACGGAGCGUAUCCCACCAGAAUUGGCUCUUGAACUACUUGUAGCAGCAGAUUACUAUGAAGGCAAGUGCCUUUCUGUAUCUCUUAUCCUGGUCCUGACCGUCAUGGGAAUGUUCAGUGUAGCAGGCUUUGUGGGAUCGAACGACCUUUGUGUCCAUAUUUUGUAA